AUGGACGGAGCGUACGACUAUAAUAUCAUGGAUGGAGAGCUCGACGCGGACGACAUUUUCCCCCACAUCAUCAAACUCAGCGAUGAGCUCCCCACGAUUCUGCAGGGUCACCUUACCCCAGAGCAGGCAGCCGCCAUGGACGAUCAUCUUGUGGAGUGCCUAGCCAGAAUGGUAUUCGGCUCUAACAAGAUCGAGGACGCUGGAGGAGACUACGACAUCACUCUCAAGCAUAUACCUUUAAAGACGGCCGGAAAAGAUGAUGCAAAGCUGCCCAAUGAUGGAGAAGAAAACGGCGACGCACAACGGUAA